UAUGAGACAAUCAUAACAACAACAACAAUGUUGUCAUAAAUUAUUGUAAUUUUUUUGUUUGUUUUUUGUUUUAUUAAGUGAUUUAAUUAGUGAUCGAAAUGAUAGUCAACAUUGAAGUCAAUGAUCUUUUAGAUGAACUGAUGGCUGAAAACAAACGACUCGUCAAUGAGUUGUUGUUUGCAAACAAUUGUUUGAAUUUAUUGAAUGAAUUGAAAAGUUAUUUACAGAUAAUUCACGCGAAAUACAAGACAAUGAUUGCUGAGGAAGACGUCAAACAAUGGCAGAUAUUAGAAGAAUCAGUGGACACAACUGUCGAUGAAUACCAUCGAUGCAAACAACAAAUCAAGAGUACAUUGAAAAGUAAUGUCAAUCAAGAGUCAAGAAGUGAUCGACAAUUACUGACAUCAGAAACAAGUCUAACAACAGCUGAUCCGCAAACGAUUACUAAACAAAAGAGUAGACAACAGCGGAUCCAAUCGGCAAAUAAACCGACAAACGGACUGUACGUUUGCCGACACAAUGAUUGCGGCAAACAAUUCAAAACACGUAUAAGAUUUACAAAGCAUAUGACAGUUCACUUCAAACAACACAAGUGGCCGAACAACACGUGUCACGUGUGCGACAAGACAUUCAAAUUUAAUAGUUUUUUAGCGACACAUAUGAAAACACGAGACGACAACAACAACAAACAUAAGACAUUAUCAUUGAAUGAAAAUAAUGGUAACAAUGAUCGCCAAUCGGAUCAAUCUAUACUAUUGUUGUUAAAUCGAAACAAUUUCGAUGAUAAACAACAACGAUAUUUGUGUCCAUUUGCCGAAUGUAACCGAAAAUAUGUAUUUAAAAGUGAUCUGAAAAAACAUUAUCUUCUAACUCAUUAUAAACCCGAUUCUAAGCCAUUUGUUUGUCAGAUAUGCGGACAGGGAUUCAAACGAAACUGUAUUCUCAAAGAUCAUAUGGCUAUACAUGACGUCAAUCGUCAGAAGACCUACCGGUGCCAGUACUGCGACAAAUGUUUCUUCAAAUCUUAUGCACUAAAAGUUCACCAAAACUUUCGACAUUUGUUGACAAAAACAUUUAACUGCGGUAUCAAUGACUGCCGAGAGAUGUUUGUCUCGACUCGUCAGCGAUCACUUCACAGACAAUCUGUCCAUCAGAUGACGUAUGCACUGAAACGACAACCGGAUAGACAUUCGUGUCAAUGGCCGGGCUGUGACUACCGGUGCGCUACAACCGAACAACUGGUAAAUCAUACGCGUGUUCAUACCGGUGAGCGUCCGUAUGCCUGCCAAUGGCCUGAGUGUAACAAACAGUUUCGUACGAAAGCCGGUUAUCGGCGACACGAUAUUUGUCAUAAAAAUUUGAAACCCUUUGCGUGUCAAUGGCCUGGAUGUGACUAUCGGGGCAAUAGUGCGUCAAACUAUUACAUACACAUUAAGAUACAUAAACGACAACAACAAUCAGUAAAUAGUGAUAAUAAAAAAUAGUUUAGUAUUCAUCAAAAAAGUUCAGAUCAUAUACUGUCCUAACGAUUGGCCACUGAAUCCAAAAGUGAUUACAACUCAUACUAUUUGCUCUAUUAAUCUGUCAUUUCCUUAACAAA